UUAGGGGUGUGGCAACGCAGCCGCAAUAUGGCAGACACAGUUCGCGUGCCGGCCGCUGCAGACCCUCUUCCUAGACCUACCAUGGCUCAACCAGGGACUUUGAACCUCAAUAACGAGGUUGUGAAGAUGAGAAAAGAAGUGAAGAGAAUCCGAGUUUUGGUUAUCCGAAAACUUGUCAGGAGUGUUGGCAGACUGAAGUCAAAAAAGGGUACCGAAGAUGCACUGUUAAAAAACCAGAGACGGGCACAACGAUUGCUGGAAGAAAUCCAUGCCAUGAAGGAAUUGAAACCUGAUAUAGUAACUAAAUCUGCUCUUGGUGAUGAUAUCAAUUUUGAAAAAAUCUGCAAAAAGCCUGAUUCUACUGCAACUGAAAGAGCAAUUGCCAGAUUAGCAAUGCACCCUCUUUUGAAGAAAAAAAUAGAUGUCCUAAAAGCUGCCGUCAAAGCCUUUAAAGAUGCAAGACAGAAUGAUGCUGAAGUUAAGUCAUCAAAGAAAGCUUCAGAAGAAAAUCAUUCCAAGGACACUUUGUGUUCAAACGAUGAUGCCAUUAAGGUACAGCCUGAAGGAAUUAAUAUCAGUGAACAAAAAGACAAAGAAACCAAAAUACUGGCAAAGAAAACAAUAAAUAAUUCAAAAGAAAAAAUAGCCAUGAUGGAACAUAGACCCAAAGCAGUCAACAUUACAAAUUCUCCAUCAAAGACUUCUGAAAAGGAUUCUGUAGUUCCCUCUGAACCCCAAAAGAUACCUGCUGACCCAGAAAUCAAAGCGUUAAAUCAAAUCAAAAAAGAGAAAGAGUCUGGUAGCUCACUCGGUGGUAACAGUGAUGGAGAAGAAUUACAUGAAGAAGAGAAGGAGUAUUUUGAUGAUAGCACAGAAGAAAGGUUUUACAAACAAUCUUCCAUGUCUGAGGAUAGUGAUAGUGGUGAUGAUUUCUUCAUUGGGAAAGUCAGACGGACACGAAAGAAGGAAAGUAGUUGCCAUUCUUCAGCUUUGGAACAAAAAUUCACCAAAAAAGUGUUCCCUGAAGAAGAUAUACUUGAAACCCAUCAGGGUAUAAGAAAUGACAAAAACAAGCCAAGUACAGAAGUAAAGAAGUUUGAAUCAGUGUUUUUCCAUUCUUUAUCUGGAUCUAAAAGCUCUAAAAGGAGUUGCAGAGAACAGGCUCCAAAGAACAACACCCCAGGCUUUCUGGAAAAUGAACCUCAGUUCAAGAAUCAGUUUAUUAAGACUGCACAUAGAGGACCUGAAAAUAUAAAACAGCAGUCAUUGCUGCCUCUUCAUCCUUCAUGGGAAGCAAGCAGGAGGCGAAAAGAACAGCAGUCUAAAAUCCCUGUGUUUCAGGGGAAAAAAAUUACAUUUGAUGAUUGAUUAGUACUUUUUGUGAACUUCUUCAUCCAAAAUUUUUUUUUCUUUCUUUCUUAACCAGCCUAUUAUUUAAACUCGUAUUUCAGUAUGUCUCUUUGGAGGGGGUAUAGAAAUAAGUUUGUUGUUGUCUUUAUUUCUCUUUUUUAAGUGUGUUCAAAUUAUGUUUACUUAAGACUUCCACAAAUCAACUACAUAAGUUGAUUUUUAAGAAAAUGCCCAGACUACUCCUUUUACAAAAGGAUUUUGAGAUUAUAACUCAGAUUUCCUCAUGUGUGCUUAUCAUGAAGUCAUUUCAUUCAUUUAGGUUUAUGUUUCUUUGCCUUGAAAAUAAAUGUCAAGAUAUAUUUAAAAUAGUAAUGGAAAAUAUGAGGAAAUUGUAGCUAUUUAAAAUAGAUCAUCUUUGCUAAAAUUUAUUCUUGUUAGCAUAACUAAGAUUAAAAUAGUAACAUUCAUUCUAUACAAGAUAAUAAAUUAUACAAAUAAAUAUUAUUUUUUAUUAUAAUUUUAAUUAUUUGUAAUCGUGUGCUUUUUGACUGCUUUAGUUUCCCAGGACAACUUUGGAUUUCUGAAUUAUAUUUCAGUUAUUUAGGCAACAUAUAUGUUUAAAUGUGGCAAGACAACCAAAAAUUGGUUUUAUAUUUCACUGCAUGUAAAUAUUUCUGUUAAAUCAAGAAUGUGUAACAUCUCUAGAAACAUUGUUUUUAGGAAUCGUAAUUGGAAUUUAUAAGAACAAAUUCUAAAGGAGGUAAGAUUGAAAAGAGCAUUUCCACUGAUGGCUGAGCAGAAAGGUUAUGAGAUGACUCCUGAGGAAGAGACGACUCUGUACAUCAUAGUACUGUUACUUAAAAGAAAAAACAAGGUUUUAAAAAUCCCUUCACUUUUGCUCCUCUGGGGGAAGCUAAAGGUUCUUAGUUAACUAAUAAAAGUAACAAAAUUCCCUGAUUUCUGUGCUGGUGCUAUUAAUGUCGGGGAAAGCCCUUUGGUCAGCAGGAAUUCACAAGCUCUGGUGAGUCGUUUCUAUCUUUUCAAAAGCUUAAGAAUUUAGAUAACAACUGCAGUGGACUUCAAGAAGUUGUACAGAAAGAAAAUUGUUUUUGCUGCGUUGAAUGCAAAAUUUGUUUUCUUUAUUUUUUUCUUUCAAAUUUUAUUUUGACUUAAUUUCAAUUAUGUAAAAUUGAAAUUAAUUUCAUUGAAAUUUAAUUAUGAAAAUGUGUUACAGGAAAAGUGAAAGAAAAAUGUCUCUAUGCCUACCCAGAUUUAGCCAAAAUGUGAGUCUGAGAGCCCUGUCCUCCAGACGGCCAAGUCUGCCCAAGACUUCUUACCCCAGUUGCAAGGAGUUAGGGGCCAACUACCAAGUUAGAGAGAAGAGCCCAAACGAGACCACUCUCACUUCUGACAUCAGCUGCAGGUUUGGAGGUGGUGUGUGGGGAGGGGUGGGGAGGUGGAGGGUUCCCCAAACACCCUCAGGUUCCAAGUUCUCUAGAAAAACUCCCAGAACUCACUGCAAAGUAGUCUAUUCACAGUUAAAGGGCACAAAUUAUAACCAGCCAAAAAGGAAGAGAUGCGCAGGGCAGUAUCUGUGAGGGUUUAAACAUCAAGUUUCUGUUGUCCUCAGGGUCAUUAUCAGCCUGGCAUCUAAAUAUGCAGAUUGGUGAUCUGAGAAGCUUCCUGAGCUCCAGUGUGCAGAAUUUUUAUUGUGUCUUCAGUAUCUAGACAUGACUGACUGAUUGCUCACGGGAUUGUUCUAGAUGGACUGAUGCCACAUGACCGAAAGCUCCCGUCCUAAAUCACAUGGUUUGUCUUUUUUAGUGUAGCCAGCUCCUGCCCUAAACAAAGAUACUCCUAUCAGGUAUGACAGGUUGCCUUCAAGAAGGUGAUGGCAAAGGCAGUUCUUUUCUUUGGAUAAGGCCAAGUUCCUUACUACACAAUAUCCUUUGCCCAAAGUCUGCAGACAUUAACAUUUUACUUCCUUUUCUUUAUUCUUGGUUCUCAUCCUCUCUCCCUUUCCCUCCUCCUUCUCCUCUUUCUCCUCCUCUUCUAUUUUUC